UGGUUUCUGUACCUUUCUAGUAUAGUUUGAAGUCAGGUAGUGUGAUGCCUCCAGCUUUGUUCUUUUUGCUUAGGAUUGUCUUGGCUAUGCAGGCUCUUUUUUGGUUCCAUAUGAAAUUUAAAGUAGUUUUUUCUAAUUCUGUGAAGAAAGUCAAUGGUAGCUUGAUAGGGAUAGCAUUGAAUUGGGUAGUCAGGCAGAAAGAAACCAGCUCUGGUUAAUCUAAAAUCUGCUCUUGAAGGAGAGCAGAUCUGGUUUCAGCAGCUGCUGAUCUCCCUAUAAUUGUGAGUAUUCCACUGUCAUGCAACACCAGAGCCAACUCUCACACUACUCAAACAUGACUUACAGAGGCUCAGGGCAACUGAGCUACCUUUUUCCAGAAGUGGGACUCUUGCAGAGAGAAGAGAGCCAGCCAGAGUCCCUAAGGGCUGUGCCAACCAGGAUGACAGAGAAGGUGGAGAGCUGUGUGCUCAAUCAUUUAGUCCUGCUUUCACUUGCCUCUUUCUUAUCUCAAGGGAAAAAAAAUGCCAUUGUGGGGUAAAUGUGGACUUAAUGACCUUGCCUUGUAAGGUGAUUUCUGCUCAUCUGUUAUUUUAUUUUACAAAUAUUUAUUGAAUACCCAUUGUGGUAGUUACUAGUGCUGUUCACCAAGUAUUUCUGGCUCUGUGCUUCGCUGCAUAUUGUAGGAUUGCAUUUUCAUGGUCUCCUCAUGGUUGGGCAGAAGCAUGUGACAUCUUGGGCUAAUGAACUGCAAGUGGCCAAAACAUUUAAUUUCCAGUGUGAAGCCCUUCAGAACCCUCUUUCUUUCAGCCACUGUGACCAGUAACAUUCCAGAUGGAGGCUACUGUAUUGUAGGAUAUGUGGACAAAAGUCCCCAGCUUGAUCCCUGUGAACCUGAAGCAUAGGUAAGAAAUAAACCUUUGUUGUUUUAAGCCACUGCGACCUGGGAGGUGCUACAGCAUAACCUGGCCUAUCCUGGCCUAUACGCUUAAUAUGUACCAGACUGUGCUAGACACUGGAGACACAAUGCCUCACUCCAACACAAAGGAUCUCUUUGAGUAGAAUUUUGGCCGUGUGGCAGCUGAUGGAGAAACACAGCUCUUUUUACAAAGAUGAUGUAAGUCUGUCCAAGGUAAUGGCACACCAUGUACCAUGGAAAGAUACUCAGGGUAACUGAUGAUUUUAAAAAUAACUCUUUUGUGACACAACUUUCCCUCCUCCAAUUCCUGCUGCUGCUACUAGGCCUAAAGAAGACUGAGAAGCUUAGCUGAGAUGGUGCUUCCCCAGAAUCACCAGGGUAAAACAGACACAAGGACCCCCAUUUACAGGGGUGAUGUUUCAUGGAGUUUCAAAUAGGGCCAAGGGAUGACUGUUUUAGUAUCAAGCUUCCCAGGGGAUUCCAGUGAACCACCCAGGGUUAAGAGCAAUUGGCCUGGCGGCCAAAACUGUGAGGAAAAAGAUCAGUUAUGUUGCCUGAUGCUUUCUUGGGUAUCUUCAAUAGGAAAAACCAACUCCAGAGCAAACUCAGGGGUCACUGGCUAGGGCUUGCCCUGGAAAAUUUGGAAAUAUGCCUGUCUCAGCCUUCCUUUCCCUGGUGACCUUCUGUCAUUCCUCUGCCAGUCCUUUCCAAACCCUGUCCCUCCAGCAGAACCUGACUUCUGAGCCACUCCUUCAGGGCCUGGUUAGGUACUGUCAGCCUGCAGAUGCUGCCAUGUGCUAUUCCCAGGGUUAGGGUUUCAAUAUGGUCACUGUAAACCAUGAUCUCAGCAUGACACUGUGGAACUCAGGGCUGCUGAUUCUAUUUGAGCCUACACUAUCUACUUUUACCACCUAUCCUCUUAGGUCACUCCCGUUGGUGUAUUUGUUUGUCAUUUCAACUGGAUUAUAAACUCCUUUGAGAGUAGGGACUACAAUGUAUUCAUAUUUUCCAUAUUUUAGUUCAUCUUUGGAUAAUUGAUAGUUGGCUGUACUUUGUUUUAAUCAUUAUUUUGGAGUCUUUAGUGACCCCUUUCCAUUUUCAUCACCCAGGUUAAUAGAAAUUAGAAUCUACAUAAAAAUUGCUAUAUUGUCCUUAGAAACCUAGAAACCAAGGGGUUUAAUAGGGCUUAUUCUAGGAUAACUUAUGUUAUACUAGAAACCAAAGGUUUGAAUACAGCCUCCUCCAGAAUGAUUAAGUCACAGCCAGCCUGAUGGUGAUGAGAAUGGCCAGAGCUGGGAGCUGAGUUAGGGAGGAUGCUUGCUGCCAAGACUUGCGUAAAAGUGGUAUGAGAUCUCCCCACUAAGCACCCAAGCCACUACCAGCCUUCUUGUGGGAGAAUCUAGAUGAAAGGGGCAGACAGAGGACCAAACUGGUCAAGAACUAAGCUGCUAUAUUCUUUCUCCAUUCCAAGAUGGCUGAAUAGGAACAGCUCCGGUCUGCAGCUCCCAGCGUGAUUGACGCAGAAGAUGGGUGAUUUCUGCAUUUCCAACUGAGAGCCUGAUGCUGGAUGACCAACCCCCUGUGGAGGCCCAGUAUGCAGAAGAGGGCCCAGGACCUGGGAUCUUCAGAGCAGAGCCUGGAGACCAGCAGCAUCCCAUUUCUCAGGCGGUGUGCUGGUGUUCCAUGCGACGUGGCUGUGCAGUGCUGGGAGCCCUGGGGCUGCUGGCCGGUGCGAGUGUUGGCUCAUGGCUCCUAGUCCUGUAUCUGUGUCCUGCUGCCUCUCAGCCCAUUUCUGGGACCUUGCAGGAUGAGGAGAUAACUUUGAGCUGCUCAGAGGCCAGCGGUGAGGAAGCUCUGCUCCCUGCACUUCCCAAAACAGUAUCUUUCAGAAUAAACAGUGAAGACUUCUUGCUGGAAGUGCAAGUGAGGGAUCGGCCAUGCUGGCUCCUGGUCUGCCAUGAGGGCUGGAGCCCCGCCCUGGGGCUGCAGAUCUGCUGGAGCCUUGGGCAUCUCAGACUCACUCACCACAAGGGAGUAAACCUCACUGACAUCAAAGUCACCAGUUCCCAGGAGUUCGCUCAGCUAUCUCCUGGACUGGGAGGCUUCCUGGAGGAGGCGUGGCAGCCCAGCCUCCCCUAUUCUUCACGUCCUUGGAUGUGUGUGGCUGCAGGGCAGCCCCUGCCCAGCUUCUUGUUGGUACCUCUGUUUUGCAGGAACAACUGCACUUCUGGUCGAGUUGUUUCCCUCAGGUGCUCUGAGUGUGGAGCGAGGCCCCUGGCUUCCCGGAUAGUUGGUGGGCAGUCUGUGGCUCCUGGGCGCUGGCCGUGGCAGGCCAGCGUGGCCUUGGGCUUCCGGCACACGUGUGGGGGCUCUGUGCUAGCGCCACACUGGGUGGUGACUGCUGCACAUUGUAUGCACAGUUUCAGGCUGGCCCACCUGUCCAGCUGGCGGGUUCAUGCGGGGCUGGUCAGCCACCGUGCCGUCAGGCCCUACCAAGGGGCUGUGGUGGAGAGGAUUAUCCCACACCCCCUCUACAGUGCCCAGAAUCAUGACUACGAUGUCGCCCUCCUGAGGCUCCAGACCCCUCUCAACUUCUCAGACACUGUGGGCGCUGUGUGCCUGCCAGCCAAGGAGCAGCAUUUUCCGAAGGGCUCGCAGUGCUGGGUGUCUGGCUGGGGCCACACCGACCCUAGCCAUACUUACAGCUCAGAUAUGCUCCAGGACACGGUGGUGCCCCUGCUCAGCACUCAGCUCUGCAACAGCUCUUGCGUGUACAGUGGAGCCCUCACCCCCCGCAUGCUUUGUGCUGGCUACUUGGACGGAAGGGCUGAUGCAUGCCAGGGAGAUAGCGGGGGCCCCCUGGUGUGCCCAGAUGGGGACACAUGGCGCCUGGUGGGGGUGGUCAGCUGGGGGCGUGGCUGUGCAGAGCCCAAUCACCCAGGUGUCUACGCCAAGGUAGCUGAGUUUCUGGACUGGAUCCAUGACACUGCUCAGGACUCCCUCCUCUGAGUCCUGCUGUUUCCUCCAGUCUCACUGCGCACUACUGCCUCAUGCUUCCUGGGGCCUCCAGCAGCUCCACUAAUGGAGGAGAGGCAGUAGCCUCCGACGUGCAACGCAUGGACCUCCCACUACUGUGCGUGAGGAACAGUCACCACCCACCGGCCAGCCACCCAGCCGCCAGGUCUCUCCUUUUGGGCCCUGAUUUCAGAGUCCUCUUUCUCACUAGAGACUCAAUGACAGAAGAGAGGCUGGGGCUCAGUUGGGCAUACUGUGGUUGCUGAGGGAUGAGGGGGAGGAGGAGAGAGAUAGGAGCUGGAGAUGAAGAGGCUGCUGGAAGCAGCAGGAAGCCUGCCCUUCUGCCCUCUCCCCUCCCUGCCCCUGUGUGAGUCUUUUGGGAGGGUGCUGGGAGGUGCCCCCAGUCCCACCUUUUCCCUGUGCUCUCAGGUGGGCUAAGUGCCUCCCUAGAGGACUCCAUGGCUGAGAGGCUCCUGGGCAGAUGGGGUCAAGUCUGGGCCAGCCCAGAUGAAGCCUACGGGAGUCAGGACCCUCUCCACUCUCCCUCCCCACUCCCCUUCCUGUUCUCACCUGGCUCUGGCUGGCCCUGUAUAGGGUGGGUGCACUGGAAAACAAGAAGGUUGGAGUUGGUCUAGGACGUUGGUUUUAAAUGACUGUUCUGUGAACUGGUCCAGGGAGUUCUGUUAUUAAAGUGAUAUAUGGUCUUGGUCCA